CACUUUUUUUUUUUGCCUCCCUGUGGGACCAACAUCACCAAUUCUUACACAGUCCGGGGCUCGGCUUUGUCAAAAAGGUUUUUGGACCCAAGUCGUGAUGACCGGAUUUCGGCUCAAUUUGUCCCCGUUGAAGGAGCCGCUGGGCUUCGUCAAACUAGUGGAGUGGCUCACGGCAAUAUUCGCUUUCGGAAGCUGCGGCGGCUUCGCGGCCAAGAACAUCCUGUCCGUCUUCUGCGGCGAUGGCAGGAACGAAACGCUCGACGUCAACUUCCACUAUCCCUUCAGGUUAAGCCAGGUGCCGCUCAUCGAGGGCAACUCAACGCUAUGUAACCACUCCGUCAGCACCACGUACCUGAUGGGAGACUCGUCCUCGGCCGCCGAGUUCUUCGUGGGCGUCGCCAUUUUCUGCUUUUUGUACAGCAUGGCCGCCCUUUUGGUUUAUUUGGGCUACAUGCACGUUUACAAAAACUCUGACUUUGGACCCAUUUUGGACUUUGUGAUCACGGCGGUCAUCGUAUUCCUGUGGCUGGUGUGCUCGUCGGCCUGGGCCAAGGGUCUGCAGAACAUCAAGGACGCCACGGACACCGAAAGCAUCGGCGCCACCUUGGCGCUCUGCAAGGGGAGCAACGUCACCUGCGAGGUCACUGAGUUCGGCAACCUACGAACGCUCAACAUCUCCGUGGUAUUUGGCUACCUCAACAUGUUCGUGUGGGCUGGCAACGCCUGGUUCGUGUACAAGGAGACUCGCUGGCACUCGCAGAAAAUCUCAACCCAACCGGGACCGGGGAGGCAGCAGGUUCCGGCAGCUAUCUAGCAGACACACACACAUACACACACACACACACACACACACAUAUAUAACGCAAUUGAGAAACUGUCGUUUUUGUGCCCAAACAAACUUGCACCAAUGCUUUUAGAAUAUCAAAUUUCUAUUUUCUGAUCGCAAAACAUGCCUUUAGUGUUUAUUUUGUAGCUUGACCAAAGAAAGUCAUCAUUCGGGUACUGUUAUAAUCCCUCGACUUGUCCUAGUAAGGGGAAGGAAGGUACUCAUUUUGACGCCGAACAACUCAAUUUUUUUUAAUAUUUACGUCCGUGCUGAAUUUUGUUGUGCAUAAUUUUCUUUUUUUGCAGAGGUGAGCUCAGUAUGCUUUUUUUUUUGCUCUGUUUGUUCAUGAAGAACAUUCACGAGGCUCUCCUGGCUUUUGAAUGCAUUGAAAUUGUUAGAUUUUGCCUGCCUUUAUUUACUUCAGAACGGGUGCUCGGCUCGCUGCGUGCGGCUAUUGAUUCUGUUUGUGGCUUUUUUUUUAAUGCCAGGAUUCUCUAAAGGCCGCGUAUAUUAAAAAUAAAUCUCUUCUAAAUUUGACACACUGCAUAAGCGUGUUAUGAACUAGCCUGACAAAUCCUGAACGAUCAAAACAAUCAGCGCUUAUCGAGAAUGAGGCUUCAAAUGAAUGAAAAAAAUCAAGCCGCUCAAUGCGCUAAAACCAUGCGCCGCUCUGCUGUCAAUCAAAUACCUCGAGUAAACCACAUCCUCCCAAAAAUUAAACAGGCCCAGACUGCAGCAGUCAAGUCAUAGUCUCCUCAUUCUUUUCCCGUGGUGCUUUUUACCCCACGGUGUGCGCACACUUGUGGUGGACAACGAGACGCUCUACAGCAGCCUCUCAAAUGCAUGCACCUUGAAGCUCAUUGAAUAAUUUCAUGUUCUGUUCCAUUCACUGUUUUUUUUCCUUUGUCAAUUUUUUUGCUCGAUGUUUGCAUUGCAAAGUUUUCAAUACAUUUUGAUAUCCGUUUGUUUAGAGUGGAAGUAGAUAUGGAUGCCGAAUAAAAGACGAGAUGUGCAGGUGCGGGGGCAUACUGGUGAUGGCCCCUCCUGCACAUGCUGUGUCCCAAAUGGCUCCUAUGCAUUUUGUUUUGCCAUUUAAAUCUUUUGACUGCUUUAUGACUUUUUCCCUAUGCAAUACAAUUUAAAUAUGUAUAA